CCCGCCUCCUUUUCUCACGCGCCGCCCAACGGCUGCCUACGGUCCCGCGCUUUAUUUCUCCUCCCAUUUCGUUUUUCUCGACCUUCUCGAAUGCGUUCUUGAGCCGAUUCAUUUUCACGCGGAAGCAACUUUUGUCUGUCUCUCCUCUUAUUCUCAUACCCACGCCUUAUUUCCCUCCCCCCCCAUCUCUUUCUUGCGCGCCCGCGCUGCUUCAGUCUCGCGCCCGUUCUCUGGCGCCGCAUUGGGAUGUUGGCGGCCGCCGCCGCAACGGGCAGUAGUUCCUGGUUCGCUCAAGAAGAAGCGGCGGCAGGGAAGUGCUUCCCCCACCAGUGAAAAGGGCGCGGAAGAAGACAGUGAUUUCAUCUGCUUCCCCCGUCUUCUUUUGCGGAGCGUGCUGAGGGAACGAGGUGGCUUCUGCUCCUCCUUCGCUGCGCGUUAGGCGGAGAAAAAACGAGGAGCCCGGGGACCAACAUGGCGGAACACUCAGCCCCCGACCAGAAGCACAAGUCCGGUGCUGCUGUCUCGUCGUCAUCUUCAAAUUCCCAAGCGCUGGCCAACAGUCGAAGUGGUUCACUGGGGGUUACCGGCGCCUCAGUUGGAGGAAGUGGCCUGUCGGGGGGCCUGUCGCAACCGGCAGGCUGGCAGUCGCUGCUUUCCUUCACGAUCCUUUUCCUGGCCUGGCUGGCUGGUUUCAGUUCCAGGCUCUUCGCAGUCAUCCGUUUCGAGAGUAUCAUACACGAGUUCGAUCCCUGGUUUAACUACAGAUCAACACAUCAUCUUGCAUCACAUGGAUUUUAUGAAUUCUUAAAUUGGUUUGAUGAAAGAGCAUGGUAUCCACUAGGAAGAAUAGUUGGUGGAACUGUGUACCCAGGACUGAUGGUGACAGCUGGCCUUAUACAUUGGAUUUUGAAUAUGCUGAAUAUAACUGUCCACAUAAGAGAUGUAUGUGUGUUCCUUGCACCAGUUUUUAGUGGCCUUACAUCAAUUUCUACUUUCCUGCUUACCAGAGAAUUGUGGAACCAGGGUGCAGGGCUUCUAGCUGCCUGUUUCAUUGCUAUUGUACCAGGUUACAUAUCACGAUCAGUUGCAGGAUCUUUUGACAAUGAAGGGAUAGCUAUAUUUGCACUGCAGUUCACAUAUUAUUUGUGGGUGAAGUCAGUGAAAACUGGAUCUGUUUUCUGGACCAUUUGCUGUUGUUUAUCCUACUUCUACAUGCAUAUAGCACUUUCUACAUUGUUGGAUUAAUAUUAUCCAUGCAGAUACCUUUUGUUGGAUUUCAGCCAAUUAGGACAAGUGAGCACAUGGCAGCUGCAGGUGUAUUUGCUCUUCUGCAAGCCUAUGCUUUCCUGCAGUAUAUGAGAGACAGACUAACAAAGCAAGAAUUUCAGACAUUAUUCUUCUUAGGUAUAUCUUUGGCUGCUGGAAUUGUAUUCCUGAGCGUUAUCUACUUAACAUAUACAGGUUACAUUGCACCAUGGAGUGGCAGAUUCUAUUCAUUGUGGGAUACUGGGUAUGCAAAAGUUCACAUCCCGAUCAUUGCCUCAGUGUCUGAGCAUCAGCCUACAACUUGGGUUUCCUUCUUUUUUGAUCUACAUAUUCUCGUCUGUACUUUCCCAGCAGGCCUGUGGUUCUGCAUUAAAAAUAUCAAUGAUGAAAGAGUCUUUGUGGCUUUGUAUGCAAUCAGUGCUGUUUAUUUUGCUGGAGUGAUGGUUCGCCUNCUGAACUGUCUUAUGUAUAAAAUGUCUUAUUACAGAUUUGGAGAAAUGCAGUUGGAUUUUCGGACUCCCCCAGGAUUUGAUCGAACCCGCAAUGCUGAAAUUGGCAACAAAGACAUUAAGUUUAAACAUUUGGAAGAAGCCUUCACUUCAGAGCACUGGCUUGUUAGAAUAUAUAAAGUGAAAAAGCUAGACAACAGAGAAACACUAGAUCAUAAGCCUAGACUAACCAACAUUUUACCAAAACAGAAGUAUUUGUCAAAAAAGACUGCCAAAAGGAAGCGUGGCUACAUUA